AUGUGGCACUGCCUUCUACAAGAUGAUGGUGGAGCUGAACUCUUUGGUUCAUUCGAUCUUUUUUGGAAUGUUUAUCUGAAUCUUUGGUUUCUCGGCUUUUUCAUCGGCCUCUGGAAAGCGAGAUGGCUGACGGAUACGAGAGGAAGGAAAAGCGCUUUUGUGUGUGGUUGUAUGUUGAACGUCCUGGGCAGUGGAAUGAGAUUUUUCUCGAUUUGUCCUCAUCCAAUCCCUUCACUUUUCCUCCUUUCAAGACUCGUCAACGCGAUCGCAACUGGCACAACAUAUCAAGCGCUGAUAUUGUACUUACAGGAAGCCCCACCCUCAGCCUGCCGUGGUGCAAUUUCUGUCCUCAAUGGAUUUACCUAUUCAUUUGUUUCCCUUCUUGGCAUCACUCUUGGCAAUCGUUCCCUUCUCGGUUCUCAUCUUCCAAUUCUUUCCGCGAUACCCGUUAUCGUUUGUUUCAUCCUUUUCGUGGCGAUAUUUUUUAUCCCAGAAACUCCAAAAUAUUUGGUUCUAAAGGGAAGAUCGGAAGAAGCAAAACGAUCAGUGCUAUUCUUUCACGGGAAAACCGUUUCCCCGGAUUUCACCGUGAAAGCUCUAGAAGUGGAAGCUUCAUCUUGUCAAAACGUCAAAAUUCCGCUGAUAGAUUUCAUUCGAAAGAAACAUUUGAGAGUAGCCUUAGUUCUGUCGGUUAUCGCUUUGCAGCAAACGGUCUCCCUGUGGCCGAUUCUCAUGUCUUCAUCAUUUCUUCUCAAAGAGAUCGGUGUUAGCGAAGAGUUGGCUGAAUGGGCCUCAUCUGUGAUGGCUCUUUCUUAUGCCUUUGGCACAUUGACAAGCGCUUUCAUUAUUGACAAAGCCGGUCGUCGUCCCCUUUUGCUCACAUCGACAAUUUUCAACAUUUUGGCCCUUAUCGUCUAUUCGAUUCUCGCAAUGUUCUCGAAAAGCGUCCUCGCUUUCAAAUAUGCGUGUCUUUUCUGUUUUGUCGUCUAUGGAUUCACUUAUGGUUCGGGUGUCGGCCCGAUUGGUCGUUUCAUUUCGACGGAACUCACUCGAAUCGAGAUGACAUCAUCGAACGCC